CAACUUUAGCUAUAUAACAAAGUUAUGGGCGGGCACGUCUGGCACGCUUCACGUACAAAAUAGGGAAACGACCGUUGUGUCUAUCUGAGGUACGCAGAGAGCCAGUUAGUACAGCUAAUCUACAGUAGCCACGGCUACUUCGGCUGGAUCGGAAGAAAUGGUCAAUAUCAGAUACCGACCAAAGCUAUAUGCGAUCUCAAUAUAGUGGCUGUCGUAAUUUUUUGCUUUUUUUCUCUCAGCGAAAUGAUCAUUGUCAUGCGAAGCUAUCUGCCGCUGAGAUAAUCUUACACCCGACAGGCAACUAACAAUCCAUCUAGCUGGAAUAAUUUGAGGAAAAGUGUCAGUGGUAACAAAGGGCUAAGUCGUCUAGGACUAGUGCUUCCAACAAUGAUUCGUGUUUCGCUACUUGUUUUCGUUAUCCUGACGCCCGACAACAUGACGCGGAGCGGCUCUCUAAAACUAUUAAAUACGGUGCGCGACGUCACAAAAACAGUGUCAAAUCAGCUAAAAAGCACAAUCGAUAAAACCGUUGACAGACUCAGCGAGGUCACUUCACAAGAUCCGGACGUAUCGUCUAUUCUCAAAGGACCGGGCGAGUACGUGCGCAGCUACGGAUACGACUACCAUGAGUUCAACGUGACCACGAAAGAUGGCGUCAUCCUAAGCGUAUUUCGAGUCAGAAAUCCUCGCGUCUACAAUAACCGUUCUAUUCCAGUCAUUAUGCAACACGGUGUUGUAAGUUCGGGAUUUGACUUCAUUGCAAAUCCUCCUCAUCAAGGACCUGGGUUUUUCCUAGCCAAUAUGGGUUACGACGUCUACCUACCCAAUACCCGAGGAAAUAAAUUCAGUUCAUGCAGCGAAUCAACCCAUAAACACUUUUAUUACUCGAGCUUUAUGGAGAUGGCGGAAUACGAUUUACCAGCAAUCAUUGACGCUAUUCUCAGCAGAACUGGAUUUACAAAACUUCACAUUAUCGGCCACUCACGCGGAACAACUGUGACCUUUGCUAUGCUUGCCUCCAAGCCGGAAUACAACAAGAAGAUUCGCCUCUUCACUGCAUUAGCGCCCGUGGUCUACCCUGAUUUAAGUCCAGCAUGGUCCAUCCUUCAAAGUAUCAUGCACGAACUGAAGGGUGUCAUGGACUGUAUUGGCUAUUCGCGCAACCGAAUUUUUGACUCCUCAAAGGUAAACGAUCUCAGUUUUGGCCUGAUGAAUCCUCUCGUUUGUUCAAUCGGAGGAGGAGUGUUAUGCAGCGCCAUGCUCAAUGUCGGCAUGAAUCCGAAGCUUUUGCGGAACGUUGAGCAUCCCCGACUUAAUAGCUCUCGAGCACGAGUAUAUGCAGUUAAUACGCCAGCGGGCUCGACGGUGCAAGACUUUGUUCAUUUCUUCCAGGUAAUCCAAACUGAAAAAUUUGCCAAGUUUGACUACGAUGAUAAGCCUGCUUGCUAUCCAGUUGACAAGACAAAUCAGAUCGUUUACGGGCAGUCGACCCCACCAGAGUAUAAGUUAGAAAACAUCAAUGUGCCUCUAGUGGUGUUUCAUUCAAAAGACGAUACAUUCGCAGGGCCCGACGGCGUAGCUAAAUUACGACAAAAGGUCGGGAAGCUGGUGGUCAACGGAGGAUGGUAUUAUAUUGAAAAAUCAAAAUGGCUUCACCUCGAUUACCUUUGGGCCAUGGACGCGGUACAGCUCGUCUAUCUAAAUGUUUUGCGUCAUUUGCGAGAAAGUGACAAACUCGAGGAUGGCCAUGUUCGCGAUCUUGACGAGCUUUUUGCGCUUUACCAAACGGACACGAAAAACUAUAUUAGUCUUAUUUAGAUUGUAUUUAUUAUUGAGCUAAUGUUCACACGAGUGGUAAGGUGGCAUCCCUUAUAGGACGAUGAUCGCAAUUGGUAACCUAAAAUGGUGUUUGUCGAUUGAUGUAAUUCUUCUCUCUCUAUACUGCAAUAUCUAGCCUCUCCUAGAAAAACUAUUUAACGUUUGACAAAAACCACCCAAAAAGAAACGAUAGAUUCUUAUGAGAAAUGCUGAAUACCUUGUUGACUUUUAGUUUAAUUAUGUCUAUUGUAUUACUAUAUUUUUAUGCUAUUUGCUUGCAUUCACUAUUAAAUCCUAAUUAGCAACGGUAAAUAAACCUUCUACGUACAGGAAAUGUUAUAUUUUUCCCUUUUUUUUUUUUCUUCAAAUGGAUCUUCGUGGAUAAUUUGUAUGUACACGUGCAUCAAACGAUAAAGCUAAUAGUUAACACACGUGAUAGUACUCGUACUGUACUUGUCUUUAUAUAUAACAUAAAAUCAUUGAUUGACUUAUUAUCCGACAAAAAAAUGAAUUCAAAGUCCAAGGUGG